UGAGCUCAAUAGAUAAGAAAGAAGUCAAUACCCCCAAACCCAUCCUUCCUGCUCCCGAAGUUUCUUCUCCUUCUUGAAUAACCAUAAAAAAAAGUUGUAAUUUUCUGGCCUCCAGGCAGUCAUUCAUGUCACAAUUAUUACAAAAGUAGUGUAAUUAUGCGUUGGUGGCAGUCAUCCUCAUCCAAAUCUCCUUGUGAUGAUAAUAGCCUCAUCGACAACGGAGGAGGCAGUGGAGCUGCAGGAUCAUCCAAGUACACUUUGAAAUCGCUUCUUUUUCCCUUCGUCUGGAGCCGCCACCCCACCAAAGCCGCCGGGAAGUUGCAGCAUCUGUCGGAUAAUUAUGACGCUGAGCUCUUGUAUUCUCCCUCCCACUUCGAGAAUUCUCCCACCAGGCUGUCAUCCUCAGCCUUCUCGACAGUUUCAGGUGCGCCGUUCCCUCAGCCGCUGCCAUUACCCAAUUUACAGCCGGGGAACGUGAUCCAGCGUUUGAACCAUAAAAUAAAACACCGUAGCGGUGAAGAGAGGGCGAGAGAAAAAGAGAAAGGAGUAGAAAGGAAGCAAGCUGAUGGGUUGAGCGCAGCUGAUCCCAUUGACAGACUCAACGGAUUUAACAGCAGAUUAACAAGCCAAAAUGAUGGAAGGAAUGCAGAACACUCUGAAACUCGGUCAUCUAGAAAGGAAAAUAGAACAGGAAGAUUCUCUGACAACUACAAUACUAAUCGCUCCAUUAGUGCUCCAUCUAGUCCUUAUUCAAGCCCUGAAAAACUCAGCUCUGAAAGAGGCUUCUCUUAUCAAAUGCUACUCGAGAAGACUUCAUCUACUGUUGAUAAUUCUCCCGCCAACAGUCCAAUUGUACGUUCUCACCGUCCUGCAACAAGUCCUCUUAGACGUGAAUCAUCGUUUCCCAACAAUGGCUCCAAUGCUCAGGCCGCCUUACAUCCUUUACCUCCUCCUCCAGGAUCCAACAUGCCUUCCCAGCCUGCAAUUUCAACAGUUGCAGCUAAAAAUGAAUUCAUCCCCAUUAACAGUCUAUGGCAAAAAGGGAAGAUUCUUGGGCAUGGGACAUUUGGAUGUGUUUAUGUAGCUUCCAACAGAGAGACAGGGGCUUUAUGUGCCAUGAAAGAAGUUGAUGUUUUACAAGAUGACCCAAAAUCUGUAGAGAGUUUAAGGCAGUUGGAGCAGGAAAUUAAAUUACUAUGCCAACUAAAGCACCCAAAUAUUGUGCGGUACUAUGGCAGUGAAAUAGCUGGUAACAGAUUUCACAUAUAUCUUGAAUAUGUCCAUCCUGGUUCGAUCAAUAGAUAUAUCCGUGACCAUGGUGGACCAAUUACAGAAGCUGUUGUACGCAAUUUUACUCGGCAUAUUCUCUGUGGUUUGGCUUAUUUGCACAAAAUGAAAACCGUACACAGGGAUAUCAAAUGUGCUAAUUUGCUUGUCGAUGCAUGCGGAGUUGUCAAGCUUGCAGAUUUUGGGAUGGCUAAACAUCUACCUGAGCAAGUGGCUAAUCUGUCAUUAAAAGGAAGUCCGUAUUGGAUGGCCCCCGAGCUCUUGCAGUCCUCGAUGCAGAAGUAUGCUAGUUCCAAUCUUGCUUUUGCAGUCGAUAUAUGGAGUUUGGGCUGUACUAUAAUUGAAAUGCUGAAUGGAAAGCCUCCUUGGAGUGAAUAUGAAGGGGCUGCAGCUUUAUUCAAGGUUCUAAAGGAGACUCCACCAAUACCUGAAACAUUGUCAGCUGAUGGCAAGGAUUUCUUGCGUUGCUGCUUGCGAAGAAAUCCAGCAGAGAGGCCGAAAGCUAGCUUCUUGCUCUCACAUCAAUUCGUAAAACAAUCACAUAAGGAUGAUGCCUUAUCUUGCCCCCACCAUUUAAUGGACCAAGUUUGAUGGACAAUACAGCGUUUCAUAAAGAGUAGCGAACCUAUAAUUUGAACCAGUCCAUGUAUCUUCAGACACACAGAUCAGAACAGGCAAAUCGGCUGACGAGUAGGAUCUGUUAGUGGAGAUUGUGAUGGAGACUCGUCAAAAAUGUGCACUUAUUCUCAGCUUAAAAAUAGAAACUAAAUUCUUGCUCAUUUUCUCGCAAUAUUCAUUUGUUUUCUAAGUUGGGAAAUAUUUCAAUUCAAUCUUUCGCAAAUUUCCAUUCUUGUUGUGAAUGAUAGGUAGAAAUUCCACUUUUAUUUUUGAAUAAUUUAGACUACUGAUUUCAUAUAUU